AUGGAGCAAUUACAGGAUGAGCAGGAGGCAGUGCAGAAAAGGACAUUCACGAAAUGGAUCAAUUCCCACUUGGCAAAGCGUGUCCCGCCUCUGGUGGUGACAGACCUGUUUGAAGACAUCAAGGAUGGUGUGAUGCUGCUGGCCCUGCUGGAAGUCCUCUCUGGACAGAAACUGCCAUGUGAGCAGGGCAAGAAGCUAAAGAGGAUCCACUGGGUCGCCAACAUCGGUACAGCUCUCAACUUCCUCGAGGGUAGGAAGAUCAAGCUAGUCAACAUCAACUCCACAGACAUCGUCGAUGGACGACCAUCAAUCGUACUGGGGUUGGUGUGGACCAUCAUCCUCUAUUUCCAGAUUGAGGAGCUAACCAUUAGCCUACCAGCACUGCAGGGCUUUUCCAGCAGCACCUCCUCACUGGACAGUUCCACCAGCAGCACCGAGACCACCAGCCCACCUGUCAAAAGGAAACCCCUCCCACCUCAGGGUGGAGCCAGGAAGGCAUUACUGAGAUGGGUCCAGCAGACAGCCACCAAACGCUUGGGGCUUGAGGUGAAGGACUUUGGCCCCAGCUGGCGCACAGGUUUAGCAUUCUUUGCAGUCAUCCAUUCCCUCCGGCCCAAUCUAGUUGACAUGGAGCGUGUAUGGAGGAGGCCCAACCGUGAAAAUCUGCAGGAAGCCUUUUUAUUGGCUGAGACUGAGUUAGGCAUUCCACAGCUCCUUGACCCAGAAGAUGUCGAUGUAGACAAGCCGGAUGAGAAAUCCAUUAUGACAUACGUAGCCCAGUUCCUGAAGCAUCAUCCGGACCGAAAGCAGAGCGACUCAGACGGACAGACAGAAGAAGAGGUAACCAGCUGUCAGAUUUGUCUCAGACUGGUUACGCCAUUCAUUAGAGAGCAGCGAAAGAGCCUGAGGGAGCUCAAAAUGUGGCUCGACCAGCUGGAGAGAGAUGCAAUACAGGCUCAGGAGACCGAGGGCAAUCUCGCUCAACAGUACCAGUUGUUCAAGAGUCUACGUGUGCAGUUGGAGAUGAGGAGGAACCAGGUGGAGGGAGCUCUGCAGUCCACUCAGAGAGAUGGGAUACUGACUGUGGAUCAGGCUCUGGUCAAACAAGCCUGGGAAAGGGUCUCCAAUAGGCUCCUGGACUGGCAUCUGCAGCUGGACAGGUCGCUCCCGGCGCCCCUCAACAUGGUGGGGGCGUGGCUGCACGAGGCUGAAGGAGCCCUGCGACAAGAGAUCAUCAUCCAUCAAGCACAUGACGUGACAGCUAACACUGUCCACAGAGCUCUGGAGCAGCACAAGGAUGUGUUGAAGAGCCUGGAAAGUCACCAGCAGGUCUUUCAGAGGAUCCAUAAGGACAGAAGUGUUGAUGGAGUCCCUGUUCCCCCAGACCAACUCCAAGACAUGGCUGAGAGGAUGAACUUUGUCUCUACAUCUUCUAGCAUCCACCUGGCUAAGAUGGAAUUCUUGGAGAACAAACACCACAUGCAGGCUUUCCUCACUCUAGCUGAGACCAAGCUCAAAUCAUGGAUCAUCAAAUAUGGCCGACAAGAGUCUGUGGAACUGAUGCUCCACAACUAUGUUUCAUUUGUGGAGAAGCAACAUUUCUUUGAAAAUUACGAGGCCUUGUUCCAGUCCCUGAAACAGUCUGCUGAGGUCUAUGUCAACGCUGACAGCUCAGUGGACGAGGGCGAGAUGGGGGUGCGCAGGUUCAUGCGGGAGGUGGUGACUCAGUGGAGGAGUCUGUCCAUGGAGGUGCGCAGUGUGAGGAGCAUGCUGGAGGAGGUGCUGUCCAACUGGGAGAGGUACAGCUCCACUGUGGCCUCCUUACAGGCCUGGCUGGAGGAUGGAGAGGAAGCCCUAAGCCAGCCUGAAAACACUAAAAGGGAGUUUUUCAGGAAUCUCAGCCACUGGAUGGAUCAACAUGCAGCCAUGAACGACGCUGGGAAUUUCCUCAUUGAGACGUGCGAUGAGACCGUGUCACUAGACCUCAAGCAACAGCUACUUCUUUUGAAUGGACGAUGGAGAGACCUCUUCCUCAAAGUCAAACAAUACGCCAGAGCAGAUGAGUUGGAGAAGUGGAGAAAAGACCAUUUGAAGGCUGUGUCGACUCUGAAAGAGCUGCUCGACUCAGCAGAAGCCAAGCUCAACGCUCCCGUUCAAGUGUCUUUCCUCAAUGUUAGAGGCUUUCUGCAGGAUGUGGAGAAUACCAAGCAAAAGGUUGUUGCCAUGGAGACACAAUACAAGUUGGCCGCCCGCAGUGCUCAGCUCCUCGCUAAGGACGCACCACAGGAUGAGACUGCCAGGGUCAUGGCAACUGUGGCAACAGCCAAAAGUCAGCUGAGUAAGGUCAGAGAGCGAUGUCCCUCCCUAGUGAGAGAGUGUCAUGUACUUCUGCCGCUGUUAGAGGAGAUGGAGAAACACAUUACUGCUUUUUACCAAGCCCUGGAGCGGGCCAGUCACAUCACUUCCGCUGCAAGAGACCCAGACUCACAGGUCCAGACCCAGCACAAACAAAAGUGGCAGGAUUUGUUAAACCAGCAGCAAAGCUGUAAACGAUGUCUAUCAGUGAUUGAGAGGAACCAUUACACCCUGCAGAGGACGCUCUCUACCAGUAAGGUGCUCCGAAACUUUGACUUGUCACUGCUGCAAAAGAGAGUGGCUGAAAUACAGGUCUCGGCACAGGCUUUGCUGAAGGAGGUUGGGGAAUGGAGAAGGCAGGAAGAGGCUAACAACUGCCUGAGGAGGAGGUUCGAGGAAUCGCGACAAGAGCUGGAGAGGGUGCUGAAGAAAGCUCAGGGCUGUUUGAGAGAGACUGGAGACGCUGAGGAACUACUGAAGAAACAUGCUGAUUUUUUCAGCCAACUGGAUCAGCGGCUGCUGAGUGUGUUCUUGAAGGCGUGUGAUGAGCUGACUGACAUCCUUCCACAGGAGGAACAACAGGGGCUGCAAGAGACUGUCCGCAGGCUGCACAAACAUUGGAAGGACAUCCAGGGCGAAUCCCCAUCUCACCUGCUCCGUCUGAAGGUGGAGGUGGAGCGAAGUCGAGUGGCUGUGAUCCUACAAGAUUGCAGAGCAGAGCUGGACAGAGAAAUGCGAGCCCUCUCUGGCACCUGCACCAGUGAGCGAGUGAUCAAAGAACACAGAACUUUCUUCAGAGAACGCAAACCUCUGACUUUGUGUGAGAAGAGGAUUAGAAACAUGGAGGAUCUGUGUCACAAGUUACCUGACAACGACCCGGCUUAUCGAACGCUCGACUCCACCAAAAGGGCUGUGGAAGAGGUUACAGAACAAAUUAAGAGCACCCACCUCAAACUGGAGCAGAACCCUGAUAAAUGGAAAGAGUGGAAUGAGAGGUUCUGUGAACUUUCUGAUUGGGUCUCAUCUCAGAGGAGGCAGGUGAGGCUCUUGAGAGAGACUGCAAGAAAUUCCAGCCACCAGGAGCAAGUGAAUGCUGCUGUUCAGGCACUGCAGGAAGCAGUAGAUGCCCGCGAGGAGAGCUUAUUGUGGCUUAAACGCCUCCUUGCUGGGCUGUCUGAAGUUAGCUCUGAACUGGAGGUCCAGAGACAGAGAACAGCCCUGGCCAAACUCUCAACUGACCUGCGGGCACUCUUUUCUUCGCUCUGUCAGUGGGGUGAAGAGGGCUCUGCCAUGUUCCAGUAUGAGGAGCUGAGGGAGGAGGUGCGUGGUACUCUGGAGGAGGUUCUGAGAGCGCAAAGUGAGGCCGAGGAGCAGACCAGCAGGAUCCUUGACGCUGCAGGCCUGGAAGAGGCCAAACAACUUUACCUUAUUCACCAGCAACACCUUAAGCGCCUGCAUGCUAACAGGAGAGAGGCAGAGCUUCUGGUUUCCCACUGCCGCCAGCUGCAGAAAGGGGAGGAGCUCAGUCAGUACCUACAGGAACUGGAGGGAACUCUCAGAGAGGUUGACCGCAAAUUAGAGGCAAAAGAGCACAACCUGCAGGCCACUCUGAGCUCCUGGCAGAACUUUGAAACAGAGAGAGAAACAGUUUGGAGGUUUAUCAGCAAUACCAACAACGAGCUACACAAAGAACUCAUUUUCAACAGCCUGGACAGCCUGAGGACUGAACUGGAGCACAAUAAGGGGCUCCUCAUGAGGGUUGAGGAAUGUUGUGUGCGAGCAGAUCUGCUCUUGGAGAAGGCAGCAGAUAUUCAGCUUGGUCCAAAGAAUCAGACUCUUCUUCUGGAGCAGGCCCAGUCGACCAGAGAAGCAGUCACACAACUUCAAGACCACCUCAACAAGAAUGUUGUCCAGCUGGAGAUGAUGUGUGUGUGGUGGGAGCGCUUCAGCAGUGAAUCAGAGACCCUCUCCUCUUGGAUCAAUGAGAAAGAGAAAGAGCUUGAGGCCAUCAGCAACCUCUCCUCCCCGGAUCCUUUAGACAAAAACAUCAGCAGAGUGGAGGAGGUGGGGAAGGGUUUAGAGGAGAGAAGGGCAGCCCUGGUCCACAUGGAGGCGGACUGUGAGGCCCUAUCAAGGUUUGUGACCCCUGGAGAGGCUGGACGUAUCCGGGCAGGACUUACCCAGAUGAGGCGCUACUGGGAAGAGCUGAAGGGGAGAGUAGAGCAGCUGGGAGGACAGCUCAACCAGAGCGCCUCCUACAGGCAGAGAUACAAUGAUAACCUUGAACAGGUCAAGAAAACAAUGAGUGAUAUUAAAGAGAAGCUUGACUGUCCAAUCACGCACUGUUCGUCAUCAUCUGAGACCUACAAAAUCCUCCAGAAUCACAUGGAGUCCUGCCAGGCUGUUGAGCAGCUGAAGCCCAGGCUGAUGGCUUUGUGUUCGACCAUGAAGAGGCUUGGAGAGGGCAGCCAGCUGGAGGACGAGGUGGCUAACCUCCAGAAGCAACAGGGAGAGUUUCUGGGAAUGGCUGCAGAAAAGCAAGCUACAUUGGAGAGCCUUCUAGCACUGUGGCAAAGAUUCGAAAAGGAGACUUCAUCCAUGAAAAGCUGGCUGGACAGGUGUGAGUCUGUUUGCUGUCCAGACACUGAACUGCUCUCUGCAGACAAAGUAAAGCUAAGGAAUGAACUACAAAAUAUACAAGAAAUGCAGGGGGAGACACAGUCUUAUGAGGUUCUUCUCCAGGGACUUGCGAAUCUUGGAUUGUGCCUGUAUCCCACAGCACCUGAAGCUCGUAUCCAAGAGCUCAGUGAUGACCUCACACAGCUGCAGGAGAGAUCGACGUCUGUGAAGAGCAGCAUAUCUCACAGGUUUGAGUUACUGGAGUCACAGUUGUCACAGCUGGAGUUGUUUGAUCAGGCGCUGCUUACUCUGACCCAAAGGAGUGAGAACUUCCUGUCUGUCUUGAGAAGCUCUUCCCAGGUUGAUAUUGCUGAUCUUGAGGCUGCAAUUACUAAGCUGAAGGAGCAUGAGAUGCAACUACAGGCGUAUGCAUCGCUGAGAGAGACACUCCAUCAAAGGGAGUCCUCCCUGCUUUGCUGUUCCACCCUGGAAGCCCAGCAGCAACUCCAGGGCUGGAAGGAGGACUGCCUACAGCCCCUGAGAGAAUCCCAGCGUCUCUUGCUCCUCCGUAAAGAGUGCCUGACUGAAUUAAAGACUUUCCUUGAAAAACAUGGAACGGCAGCUAAGGCCGUGCACCGCCUUCAUGAGGCCGUGGAGGGAAGGGGGAGCUGGGAUCGCGCCAAAGCUGAAGAGCUGCAUUAUGGAAUAGGGGAAGUGGCUAAAGACGUGGCCCGGCUUGAGGCUGAGGCAGUCGGGUUAGACGGGCAGCUGAGCAAGGCACACCUGCACUUGAGUGGGGCAGAGUUGCGGGGCUCCAGAGACACAAACCAUCCUCAGGGGAGGACGUCUUGCAGAGGACAGGCAGUGGCCCUCACGAUGGCUCUGGAGGAAGUACAGAGGGGCGUGGGAUGGAGGCAGAGUGAGGCAGAUGCUUUAAGCGCCCUGUGGAGCUCCUUCAGGGAGAGGCGGGAGGAGAUGAUGAAGAAUUUGAAGAAACUGGAGGAUGAAGCGAGGCAAGAGGGGGUCAGAGAGAGCUCUGUACAGGCCUUUCAAAACAGGCUGCGUUUCUUCGUCCAGCUGGAGGAUGAGCUCCAGUCCCUGCAGCACUCUCAACAGUGGUUAGAGGAGAAGGGAAGCCAGCUGGCCCAGAGAGACAGUGAGCUGGCUGGGGAGGCUCUCAGGGAGGUAACCCUGGUGAAGACUGCCUGGGAGAACGUCAGGACUCUGAUCACCAGCGGUCAGGAACAGAGUGGAGUUGUGGUAGAUCUUCUCCGUCAGUUUCACCACCUGAAGUCGAUCCUGAGCACUGUUGUAGAAAAUGCCCAGGGUGUUGCUCACAAUCUGCCUGAUCACAAUCAUAACGCUCAGGAGGCCAAAAGGACUUUCACACGGCAUGAGACUGUCCAAACUGAGCUGAGGGAAAAACAGGAAGACAUGGACCAGCUCAUCAGUGCAGUGGAAGACCUGCAGAGAGAGCUCGAGAAGGUUCCCAACUCCGACACGCGCUCCAUCCAGAGAGACAUGCAGACGUUAAGAGACCAGUGGCUGGAGGUCUCAGGGAGGAUACAAACCAACACAGAGAGACUUGGCUACUGUGUGGCCCUGUGGGACGACCUCAAGACCACGGAGCAGGACAUCAACCAGUGGGCCGCCACCGCCAUCGCUGACCUCACAGACAGCGUCACCAAUCUCGGUGACAAGGAGAAGACAGAGGCCCAGCUCACCACCUUUCAGGCGGAGGUUGAGAAGAGGGAGCAGAAGCUGGACGCCCUGCAGGAGAGAGUGGCGGAGCUGAAGGAGCGAGCCAAACUGCAGGAAACCCCAUUACAAAUGCAGGUCCUGGAGUCAGAUCUGAGGAAGAAAAUGGCCCAUGCGCAGGAGGUGUACAACCAGGCCAAACACACUCUGACCUACUUCAGUUUCCAAAAGCAGCGACUUGAGGACCUCAUGUCCCAGAUGGCCGAGCGGCUGGAGGCAGUUGAGGGUUCCUUGUCUGACCUCACUGAAGCUACUUCCCCUGAAGAUAUUGAUACUAUCAAGGACCUGCAGAGCGUUGUGCAGCAACAGCGGGCAGACAUGGACUCAGCUAGAGAUGCCCUGACCGCCCUGUGCAGGUCACAUCCCUCCCAGGAGCUGUCAAGCCUCUCCUCCGACCUCACCUCCAUUGCCAAGCGAACAGAGGCUGUUGCUCAGCGCUGUGCCAAGACCAGGGGCAGCCUGCAGGAUGGGCUACAGCUUCACUUCAACGGCUUCGUAAACUCGCUAAUGGUGUCAGUCAAGCAGACAUCAGAGGGUGAGGAGCGUCUCUCUAAGAUUUGUGAGGAGGCUGCGACGCUCCAAAUCCACCUGCCCAAAGCUGGAGUAGCACAGGUCCAAGAGCAUCUCUCCUCCUGUCAGAGAGAGUGGAGGAGCUACCUGGACAGCUGUUCUCAGAGCCAGCGAGACUUGGAAGAGAGUAUUUGCCUCCUGAAAAACUUUGAUGAGUGUGUGGAGGGUAUAAGAGACUGGCUGAAGCAGAUGGAGCUCAGCCUCAAGAGCGAGCCUGUUCUUGGGGCAGAGAGCCAGCAAGGUGCCCCUGACACCACAGAAGAGCUGGAGCGGAUGGAAAACCUCCAUAAGGAACUGCUAGCGAGAAGGGACUCUAUCGAGCGUGUCUGCCAGGAGGCCCAGUGUCUGUCUGAAGCAGGUCGGGGGUCAGGAGGAGAGGUCAGAGUGACAGGCCAGCUCCAGAUGGAGCACCAAGCCCUACUGAAGGCAGCCAGGGAGAGGCUGCGAGGCUGCCAGGAGAGUCAGGCCUUUGGAGAGACCCUCCAGGGAGUUUGGGCCUGGCUGGAGGAGAUCCAGGAGAGACUGGGUACAGUAGACAGCACAAUGGGGACCAAAGAGCAGUUAGAGCAGAGGCUGGAGACUGUACAGGACAUCCUGCUUUUGAAGGGGGAGGGGGAGGUCAAGCUGAAUAUGGCGAUGGGUAAGGGUGAGUUGGCCCUGCGCAGCUAUGGAGCCGCUGGACAGGACGUGGUCCGCUCUCAGCUUCAGGAAGUGGAGGAUGCAUGGGCCACGCUGCUUGUGACUGCCAUGAGCUGCCACAGUCGACUGGAGUGGACCGUCACACAGUGGGGAGGAUACUUGGACAGUGCUGCCCAGCUGCGCUGCUGGAUGGAGGCUGUAGAGCGGGAGGUGUGCGCCCCGCUUACCCCGCAGCCCGGGCCUAGAGAAAAGGCCUCUCAGCUAGAGAGACUUAGAGCCCUGCUGGCUGACCUGGAAGACCACCAGGUGGCACUAUCUAGCCUGGAAGAAAAAGCCAGAGAGCUUUUCAAGAAGACUGGUGAUGCCAGCUUUAACCAUGGUGCUCGGACGCAGCUGCAGGCACAGUUUGAUGACCUUACAACUUUGGUGGAGGAGAGAGUACGUCUUGCGCAGGCCGUAGUGUUGGAACACCAAGAAUACCUGGAGGCUGUAAGGGAGCUCACCGACUGGCUGAUGACUGUAGGAGAGGAGCUGCAGCAUUGGUCUGAUACAUCAGGAGACUCCAACUCUAUCAAAAAGAAACUGUCAGAAGUGAGGGAACGUGUGGAGUGUCGGUUACUUGAGGGCCGAGAGCGCCUCAGCCGGGUGCGUCGGAGCGCAGCAACCGCGGCGGAGCACACGGCGGCGGGAGGCUGCGAGGCCAUGGACCGACAGUUGGGGGCGCUGUCCCAGGCUCUGGAGCAGUGGGAGGGGGCCGCUCUGAGGGCCAGGGACGGCCUGGAGGGGGCCCUCGCAGCUGCUGCGGCUUCGGAAGAGGAAUACAACCGUCUGACCGCUCGGCUGGAGGACGAGUUGAAAGAGCUGGAUGGACGGCUGAGGAGGUGGGGCCAGGAGCUGAUUAAAGCUGAAGGGCGGAGCAACGGCGAGGAAGCAGUGGAAGGAUGGCAGCUGGCUAAGGAUAUACUGGAGGGCUUGCAGAGCGCGGAGCCGAUGGCAGAGAAGUUGAAAGGCCAACUGAACGACUUGGUGCGCUACUCCAGAGACCUGGGCUCACAAUCAGACCGGGUCACCGCAGUUAUCAAACAGCACAACAGUCUCAGUCUUCGUGCAUCCAGAGAGUGUCAAAACAAGGAGCGCUUGUUGGAGCAGAGGUUCCGCACAGCCCUGAGAGACUUCCAGCAGUGGCUGGUCAACGCCAAAAUCAGCACCGCCAAAUGCUUUGAUGUGCCACAGAGUGUCACAGAGGCCUCCACUGCUCUGCAGAGGAUCCAAGAGUUCUUGAGUGACAGGGAGCAUGGCCAGGCCAGGCUGAGUACAGUAGGAGCCAGUGGGGAGCUGCUGAUGGCUGUGGUGUCCAGAGACAGAGUGGAGGGGAUCAAGGCCAAGGUGGCGAAUGCGAGAGACGACUGGAAGAGCCUGAUGAAUAACCUGCAGAUGAGGGAGGAUGCACUCAAGAACCUGCAGUCCCAGAUGACAGAGUUUGAGGCCAGUGCUGAGCCUCUGCAGGACUGGCUCAACAGCACAGAGGUCAGAGUUCAGGAGAGCAGUGCUCGGCUACACGACCUUCCAGCCAAAAAACAGGAGCUCAGCAAACUACAGUGUGUACUGGAAGAGAUAGCGAGUCGGGAGGCAGAGCUGGGCAGGCUGAGGGAAAGAGCUCACCGUCUAUGGGAGGGACAAGCAGCUGGCAAGGGCUUCGUCCACCGUGUAUCCCAACUGUCAGCACAGUACCUAGCCCUCAGCAACUUAACCAAGGACAAAGCCUCCAGGAUUGAACGUAUCGUGGGGGAACACCGCCUAUUCUCUCAGGGUCUUAAAGAGCUGCAGGACUGGGUGUGUGAAGCUCAGAGGGUCCUCAACACCUGCAUCUCCACCACCACUGACAAGGGCGUGUUGGAGGACCGGAUGUUACAGCUGGAAGCUUUACUGGCUGCACGUCAGGAAAGGGAGAUCCAGCUGAAGAUGCUGCUGACGCGGGGAGAAGCUGUCCAGAGAAACACUUCGGCUGAGGGCGUCCCAGUGAUUCGCAAACAGAUCCAGGACCUCAAGGACUCAUGGGAUUCCCUGCUCUCUGCCUCCAUUCAGUGUAAAAGUCAACUGGAGGGUGCUCUGUCGCAAUGGACCAGCUAUCAGGAAGAUGUAGGUCAGUUUGUGUUGUGGAUGGACCGCGUGGAGGAGACACUGAGCUGCUCAGACAGACAAUAUUCUGAGAUGAGAGACAAAACCGCUAACCUGGGAAAAACCAAGCUUCUCUAUGAAGAAGUAUUGAGUCACAGCAGUCCUCUGGAGACCAUUGCCACAAAGGGGUCCAAUAUGGCUGAACACUACACUACCCAGCAGGAGGUGCAGCAGCUGCAGUGUAGAUACAACACCCUCAAAGAAAAGGCCAAGAAUGCAGUCAGUAAGGCCAAGGGACUAGUGCUGGUCCAUCAGGAGUAUCAAAGGGGGUUACAUGUGUUUGAGGACUGGCUGGAGCAGGAACAGGCCUCGCUCGCCUCCUUGUCCCAUCCAGAGGGAAACGUGGAUAUACUGGAGAAGACACUGCAACAGCUACAGCUCCUGCAGGAUCGCUGCUCAAAUGGCCAGUCUUUGCUCUCCUCUGUGCUCACCAGCAGAGAGAGAGUAAUCCCUUGGGGUAUACCACAGAUCGAGGACCGAGCCCUGGACACCGCUCAGAGAGAGUGGGGGGCCUACCAGGGCCGCCUGGAGGAGACUCAAACUCAGCUGAAUUCCACACUGACCAGACUGAGGCAGAUGGGCCAAAAGUUCCUGAGCCUGGCCCAGUGGCUGGAGGAGAUGGAGAGGGUGGCAAACAUCAGACGUCAUCGGAGGUCAGACAGAGGCAACAAGGAGACUCAGCUGAAGAAACUCCAGGGGUGUCUCGAGGCAGUGCUUGCUCGGCAGGGAGAAGUCGAUGGCCUCUCCUCUCUGGCGCAGCAGGUUCUGGAGGAAACCUACAUCAGUAGUCGUGUUAGUGUUACCGCCACCCAGCUCACCGCCCGCUACCAUUCUCUGCUGCUCAACAUACAGGACACCAUCAAGCAGCUACAGGAGGAGGUGAAGAGUAUUGAAGAGGCGGAAAAUCUUUGCAUGUCAUUCACUGACUGGCUCAGCUCGACUCAGAAAAGCUUCACGGUGUUAACAGAUACUUCUGAACCUCUGGACCGGGUCGCCAUGGAGAAGAAGAUGAAAAAACUAGAGAUUCUCCAGUCUGAGCUCCAACAUGGCCACAGUUUCCUGAAGUCUCUGAGGGAGCGGGCAGAGCAGGCAGCAGGCUUCCUGGAUGAGGCUGGAGCUGAGAGUUUGGGAGGAGAGGUAGAGGCUCGUCUUGCCCAGCUGGAGGAGCUCGCAGGUGGACUGAGGCAGGAGCACAGCUUUCUAGAGCGGGCAUUACUUUUAGCCAAGGAGUUCCAGGACCGGUACAAGGCUCAGGCCCAGUGGUUGGUGGAGACCCGAGCUUUGCUUAACACCCCGGUGGAGCCCAAGGCUGAAUUGUAUCAACGGAGAGCACAGCUGGCCAAGUAUAAGGCUCUGUUGCAGAUGGUUCAGUCCCACGAUGGAUCCGUCAGGUCAGUGGUGGAGAAGGGAGACGCUCUACUGGCUUCUGUCCACUACCCCUCCAUCAGAGACAAAAUGAACAGACUACAAAGGGACUACACUGAACUCUGUAAAAGAGCCAUGACUCACGUGGAGAAUCUGGAAGGCCAGGUGAAGGAACAGGAAGCUUACCACAAUGAACUCCAGGAGGUAGAGCGCUGGCUGCUCCAGAUGUCCAGCAGAAUGGUGACUCCAGACCCCACAGUGGGCGGCAGCCUGGAAGCAGCCACUCAGCAGCUGGCGAGGCACAAGGCCAUCAUGGAGGAAAUAGCGGGAUUUGAGGAUCGCUUGGCAGGCCUGAAGGAGCGCGGAGACCACCUGGUACAAGGCUGCAGUGACCGUGUGCAGAGCAGGCUGAGACAGCAGGUCCAGGCUCACCAGCAAGGCACCAGAGACAGCUACUCUGCCAUCUGUAGCACAGCACAGAGAGUGUAUCAGAGUCUAGACCAUGAGUUACAGAGACAUGUGAGUCUCCAAGACACGCUGCAGCAGUGCCAGACCUGGCUGACCUCUGUGUCGGAAGAACCAGAGCCUCCUGCACAUCCUCCUCUCAGCCUGGAGGAGGCGCUACAGCAGGUGAAGCAUGAGCGGACUCUCCAGGAACAGGCCAGCACUUACCUCCAACUUGUGUGCUCAACCUGUGACCUGUCGGAGCCGAGGGUCAGGGAGACUGCCGGAGCUAUCCAGCAGGUCAAACUGCAGAAUGAGGAGCGUAUGCUGCUUUGUGAGGAGGUAGCAGACAGCUGGAGGGACAUUGAGGAGCAGGAGACAGAUCUCGAGGUCCAACUGAGAGAGACAGAGCAGCAACUUCAGAACCUCAUCAGGAGACCUGCAGAGCUGGAGCCGAAGAUCGCACAAAACCAGCUGGACAAGGCACAGGAGUUCCUCCAGCAGAUUAAGGAGAGGCAGUCUGAGGUAACCCAUUUGAAUGAAGCCAUUGGUAGGCUGACAGAUGGACAGGUGUCUCCUGCUCUGGAGGAGAUAAGGAGACUUAGGAGAAGCUGGAUGGACCUGGGCCAGCGGGCUGAAGAGCUGGAGGCUCAGCGGGGGGAGGACAUGCAGCGAAGUGGAGAGUACCAGGAGAGUGUAGUCGCUGUGGAGGAACUCUUCCACCAAGUAUCCAGGGAGUGGGACUACCUCGCCAGGGCUGACACAGAAAGUACAAGUGAGCAUCUAGAGGCUCUGAGGAAGCUGUCCAGCGACCUGGAGGAGCAGAGAGCAACUCUGGAAGACCUCAGAGACCAGAGACAAGCUAUUCUGCCUCGACUCAGCUUGCUAGACAAAGAGCUGGUUAAGCAACAGGUGGGUCACCUGGAGCAGCGCUGGGCCCAGCUCGAAACCCUGAUUCAGCAGAAGAUCCAGGACUCUGCGCAGACACUGGAGGAUCUGGCUCGGGUGGAAACACAGCUGAGGGAUGCCCGGGAGUGGGUGGAGGAGCAGCGGCCUGCACUUACCUCUGCGCUGAAAACCAGCCCGCCCCCCGAUCUGGCCCAGAGUUUCCUGUUUGACCACCUGAGUGUGUGUGUGGAACUUGAGGCCCGUCAACAGCUGCUGGGUCAGGCAGUGAGCGAAGCCCAGGCUGUGACUUCCAGGCUGGGGCUGAGUGAGAAGAGAUGCCUUCAAGGGCUUGUUGAACAAGCCCAGACUGAGGUGGAGGCUCUGGGGGCUCGGGUGGCCCAAAGGAGGAAGUACCUCAGUAAGGCCUUCACAGAGAGGACACAGUUCCUACAAGGCUUGGGGAGAGCAUUGUCUUGGGUACAGCAACAGGAGAGGAAGGCUUUGAUAGAUGACCACAUAGCGCUUCUCCCUGAGGACCUGGCCAAACAGGUUGCUGCAUGUCGAGGCGUCCAGCGCGGCUUACGAGCUUACCAGAGGGAGCUGGCAUCUCUCUGGGUACAAGGGCGCGAGCUGGAGAGAGAUGCCACCGACAAAGAAAGAGCAGAGACCCUGGCGAGACUUGAGGAGCUACAAUCUGUCUUUGAAACCGCCCUCCAGAAGACCAGUCAGCGUCUCACAGACCUAGAGAAAGCCUUAACCUCCAGGAAGUACUUUCAGGUUGACCUGGACAAGACUUGCCAAUGGUUGAGACGAGCAGAUGCCAUCACCUUCCCAGAAAUCAAUUUAAGCAACGUUGAUGAAAACGUAGAAUUGCAAACGCAACUUUCUAACUUUCAAAAUGUCCUAGAACAAGCUUCAGAAUAUGAGAACCUCCUUCUUAUCGUCCAAAGAAUAGGCCAGGAGAUCCUCCGUACUCUGAACGAGAUUGACCAUUGCUACCUAGAUGAGAGGCUUAAUGCCCUGCCUCAGCAGUACAACGCCAUCCUAGCUCUAGCCAAAGAGAAAAAAGACAGAGUCCAACAAAUAAUCCUGGAGAGAAAAGAGUUCAGCACUUUCUUCGAUAUUACUCGCAAUGCACUGGAGGAGCUUCAGGAGCAGUUUGACAAUCUAGAGAAGCAGACUAUCAGUUUUAGAGAGGAGGAAGUUGUUUGUCUAAUUAAUGAAUACAGAAGUAUUAAUGAAAGUUUGUUCCACAUUAGCCCUGCUGUGAGAGAACUUUAUGGCAAAAAUCAGGGGUUCCUCUGUAGAGGUCAGCAAUACAGAGCUGAGGAGACACAGCAGCUGGUCGGUCUCCACAACGCGCUGAAGAGGAGAAACGAUCAGAAAAUAAAACACCUAGAUAAUUGCCUAAAAACUCUACUUGAACACAACAGAGUAUUAACCAGUUUGGACUCAGAGUUAAAGUCUGUUAAAGAGAAGCUGGUCAGACUGAAGUCAGACAAAGAAGUAGGUGCCAUAGAUAAAAUCACAAGUCUUUAUGCCUUGCUAGAAAGACUGGAUGGUGUGAGCUCUCAGACUGAAGAAUGUAACCAUCAAACUGAAGGCCUUGGUCUGAAGUUUGAACCUGCUGCCUUUCAGGAAGCUACACUGCAGCGAGAAUCGUUGCAGUCUUUGCAGUGUGAAGUAAAAGGUUUUGUUGAGGAAAGCGAAACGAAAGUCACAAAAAAUGCAGAUUUUGCAAGAGAGACUGAGAAAAUGUUCCAGUGGCUGAGGACUGUUAAGGAGAAAUCGAAGGAGCCCUUGACAUUUUCAGAGGUCAAAGUUGAGAGGGUGCAUGAGGACGUACGCAAACUGAAAAUAAUGGAAGAGGAAUUGAGAAGUACAUUGAGGAUAGCAGAUGCUUUGGGUAGCAGAGAAAAGCAUAGAUAUUGUAGUAGAAAAGAAACUGUUCCCGGCCACGUCGAGGAGAAUCUACAGGAGCUGAAGAAGCUGGGAGCUGAAGUUCAAGAUGGUAUUAAGAAGAAACAGCUGGCUCUGGAUGAAGCUCUUUCCCUGGUCCAGAGGCACCACUUAUCUCUGCAGUCCAUGCAGAAAUGGCUGGAGUCUGCUGCGGUUUUGCUCCAGAGGGCCAGCUCAGGGGUGGAGCUGGAGAACCAGGCAGACUGUGUGCGGGACCUGGAAGAGAUUUCAGCCCAGGAAGAGAGCUUCACAGCUGGUUUAGAGGAGCUGAGGGCUUUGGAUCCUCUGCUGGUGGAUUUUAUGGAACCAGGAGUGAUGAGUGGACUCAGAGAAAAAGUUGAGACAGUGCAGAUGAGAAACACAGAAGUCAAACAUCAACUGGAUGCUUGUAGAGAAGUGUUGCAGAGGUGUAUAGCUCUAUGGCACUCCUUCACACAUGAGAGAGAGACACUGGUUGAACAGAUGAAUGACGCAGAGAGCAAGAUGGCCAUGUUCACCACAGCUAAAGCUACCAGCGUCCAGCAAGCAGAGGACAAAUGUCAGAGAUACAAGUCUCUGGUGGCUCACAUCGACCUGCUGGAAUUGUCUCUAAACGCUCUGAAAGAGAAUGCAACAGAGUUAGAGCAGAUCAUCUCUGAGUCCAGCAAAAGUGUUACCAGCCACUCUGUGUCGUCGCUAUGGCAACGGUGGACCAGGCUCCGCAGUGUGGCCCGAGCUCAGGAGAGGGCGCUGGAGGAUACCGCCAGGGAGUGGAGGAACUUCACAGAGAAGAUGGAGAAGGUGCGCUCUGUGUCUGAAGACCUCCACAGUCGUGUCCCAGACAGCACGGUUGAGAAAGCUGCCACGAGGACGGCGCUUCAGAACCUCCUAGAGUACCAUGACUCCUUCAGCCAGGAGGUGGAGAGGGAGCAGUCCAUCCUGGCUCUGCUCAGGCAACACACCCGCAGCCUCAGAGGAGAGGAGGAGCAGAAGGAGGUGAUGGAGAAAAAGACGGAGAAUGGACACGAGGAGACGCCAUGCUUGCAAGAGAUCAGAAGCAUGCAGGAGCAAUAUGACAGUCUUGUGUUGCGGGUGCGGGCGAGCAGGGCCCAGGUACACCAGGAGUUGAGGGAAAGAGAGGAGGUUGAAAAGGAGCUGGGGUUGGUCAAAGGAUGGAUCCAGGACACUCGUGGCUUACUGCUGAGUCCAACUGCAGACCUGGAUUCACUGCUUCAAGAGCUAGAGACUGCACAUGGUGAAGUCAUCAGCAGACGUCAGAGUGUGGAGCGCAUGACAGAGCUGCAGCAGUCUAAGUACCAGGACCUCCAGGCUGGUCUGCCCUCUGAGCUCAGCAUGCAGUUGGCUGAGGUGGCUCUGGCUUUGGGCUCCGCUGAAGACCAGGUCCAGGCGAGGGAAAGGGAGGUGCAGCAAACCAGGGACGUGAAAGAGGACUUCAGCUCCCGACUCCAGGACAUCGAGGCAAAGCUGAAGACCAUCGCUCUGAAAUUGGAAGACAAGAGUGCCGACCUGGAGGAGGCCAAAGAAGAGACCAAAGCUCUUUGUGAAGAGUGUGAAUCCUGUUGUCGCUCUCUGGUGGAGUUAGGAGUAGCAGUGCAGGAGUUUGGAGAGCAGAACCCUCUGCUGUGUAAGCAGCUGGGGGAUGCUGUGGCCAAACUGACAGAGGUACAGCGGCACACGACACAGCAGGUCCAGGACAGAGCCAACAGACUCAAGAAGGCAGAGAGACAGGUGGAGGAAUAUCAAGGUAUGAAGGCGUUCAUAUUGGGCUGGACAGAAAAGGCUGAAGCUCUGGUGACCGGUAAUAUCAUCUGGAGCUCUGCUUCCCAGCUGCAGGAACAAAUUCGAGCACAUCAGGCGUUGCUGCGGGAGUGCCGCGGUCUCCAUGGCGACUUGGAGGCCAUGGGGGAGAGAGAGGGGCAGCUGGGGGAGGUGUUGCAGUUGGAGGGGUGGAGCCAGCAGGUGAAACACCUCAGCAGACGUACUGAGGAGCUGCAGCAAACUGCCAAGACUCGCCUCCAGAGUCUGCAGGACGCAGCAAAGGACAUGUUGCGUCUGGAGGCCGAAGUAAAGAGCCUCCAUUCAGCUGUGGACCAGAUCCAGGUCACACUUGCCUCCCCUGACCUGAACAGACUCAGCCUCAGAGAGCAGCUCACACAGAGACAGCGUCUGUUGGUGGAAAUGGAGGGCUUCAAGCAGCAGGUGGUGGCGGUACAACAGUGUCAGAGCGCCCUCCGGCUACCAGAGGAGGUAGUGGCCAGUCUGCCUAUCUGCCGUACAGCUCAGACUCUGCAGCAAGAGGCCAGCCAACUGCAGCAUACCACCAUCCAGCAGUGCAACAUCCUGCAGGAAGCUGUGGUGCAGUAUGAGCAGUAUGAACAGGAAGUGAGGAACCUCCAGAGAUUAAUAGAGGAAGCCCAUCGUAUCAUUCAGGACCGGCCCGUCUCCACCAAUAACAUACAGGAACUUCAGGCUCAAAUACAACACCAUGAGGAGUUGGCCCAGAAGAUCCGUGGCUACCAGGAGCAGAUCGCCUCGCUCCACUCCAAGUGUAAGAUGCUGACGGUCAAGGCCAAACACGCCACCAUGCUGCUGACGGUCAGUGAGGUGGAUGGCCUAUCGGAUGGCAUGGAUGAGCUGAGUGAUGAGGAGCUGCCCAGUGCCGUGGCAACCGCCACCGCCGCUGCCACCAAGCAGCUUCCAGCACACCCCUCUGUCGUCAUGAUGACAGCCGGCCGCUGCCACACACUCCUCUCCCCUGUGACGGAGGAGUCAGGGGAGGAGGGUACCAACAGCGAGGUCUCCUCUCCCCCUGCCUGCCGCUCCCCCUCCCCAGGGGCUAACGCUGAUGCUCCUCUUAACCAGGUACUGCAACCCCCGCCCCCCUGCCCCUGCACCCACGGUCGCCUCCAAAGCUCUCCAGCAUCACCUGACCUGGCCCUACGCCACACCUCUGUCCAUUUUACAUCACCCCUCCAGGAGCUGUACGACCCAUCCAUGGAGACCAGCGCUGCUAACCUGGAUGACCUGCAGAGAUCCUGGGAAACACUUAAGAAUGUGAUCAGCGAGAAGCAGAAGAGUCUGUAUGAGGCUCUGGAGCGGCAGCAGCACUAUCAGGAGUCCCUCCAGUCCAUUUCCACCAAGAUGGAGUCCAUCGAGGGGGCGCUCAACGAGGGCCUGGAGCCCAACAAGAGCCCCGAGAGCCAGAUGGCUGCACACCAGGCUCUGAUGGACGAGAUCCUGAUGCUGCAGGAAGAGAUCGGCGAGUUACAGACAUGUUUCUCUGAGGAGCUGGCAGACAGCGACAGUGAUGGGGAGGCCGGUGACCAACUGGCGCUCCAGUCUACUCUUACUGUACUGGGAGAGAGGAUGGCCACCAUUCGAAUGAAGGCUUCGGGGAAACGGCAGCUGCUGGAGGAGAGACUAAGUGAACAGCUAGAGGAGCAGCGACAGGAACAGGCGCUGCAGCGAUACCACAGCGAGGCUGAGGAGCUCGACCACUGGCUGCUCAGCACUCGUGCCACUCUCAGCUCUGCGCUUCAGCCCCAAAACGAAGACAUGGACAUGGAGGAGCAGCUCAUUGACUGUCAGAAUAUGCUGUUUGAGAUCGAGCAGAAGGUGUCGUAUCUAUCAGAGCUGUCCGUCCACAGCGAGAGUUUGCUGUUGGAGGGCCGGGCCGAGACCAAGGGAGAGGCGGAGCAACUCACCUUCAAACUGCGCUCCCUCAAAGACAGCCUGAUGGAGCUGCAGCAGAUGCUGCAGGACAAACAGGUUGACAUACAGGGGUCAUUGCAGGAACAGGAGGACAGCGAACCAGACUCAUCUCUGUCCCAGAGUCCUAACGUCCAGGAUUGGCUGUCUCAGGCCCGUUCAACACGCACACAGCAGCACCACGACAACCUGCUUCGACAGAGGGAGCUGCAGGAGCAAGUAGCUGAACAGAGGAAGCUGCUCAAGUCUGUAGCAAGUGUCGGGGAAGAGUUACUCAACCACCAGACCACCCCCAAUGGGGACAGUGAGAUGUCCAUCCCAGGGGGGGUGUUGCUGGAGACGGAGACGUUGUCUCCUUUGGAGCAGCUCAGACAGCGGUGGGAAAACCUGAAUAAAGAUCAGAGCACAAAGCUGCAGCUCUCCCUUAACACCCUGGAACAGGACCAACUUAGUCCGGUCCUCCACCGGUCCCGUCUGUCCAGUCCCAGCAUGGUGUUUAGAGGUGAGUCCGGCAGCCAGGACUCUCACUCUCCCAGAGCUUUGUUUGAGACCUGCAGCCAGACUCUGGAAAGAAUCGCCCAAGAGGCAGCGGGCGGUGACAGUAAACUGGCAGCGUCUUUAGCAGGGGUGACAGUCCAGCAGGACAUGUAUGCAGCGGUUUCAGCAGCCUCCUCCUGGCUGGAUGCCGCUGAGAAUCAGCUGCUCUCUGGUCCUGUGCUGCUGUCUGAAGAUACAGAGACACAUCUCACAAAUCUUGAGGGUCUGAAUAAGCAACUGAAGGAGAUGACCAGGGAGGUGAACCAGUGCAGAGAUCUGCUGGGUGGAGGAGCAGGCCGGCUGUGUGGAGGAGAGGAGCAAGCUCUGAUGGAGGACACCCUGGAGGGCCUGCAGGAGAGGAUGGGCCUGCUGGACUCCACCCUGGAGCAGCACUGCGACAGCAUGCGGGACAGGCUGCAGGAGCACUCAACUUUCCAGAAUGAACUGAGGAUGCUGUUCACAGCCCUGAGUGAAAGUAAACACCAGUUGCUGCAGAAGAUGGCAGGAACUGCAGACAGACCUGCAUCCAAACAGAUAGAGGCAUUAUCAGAAGUUGAGGACAGUCUGAAGGAGUUUGAGCUGAGAGUGUCUGAGCUGAAGACCAGAGCAGAAGGACUCCAGUCUGAACAAAUCUCCAAUCAGGAACUACUCAAACUACAGGAUGCAUAUGAGGAGCUGAUGCUGAUGGUGGGCUCUAGACGUAGUAGCCUGAACCACGGCCUGUCUCUCAAGGCUCAGUACGAAGCUGCACUUCAUGACCUCUCAGACCUGGUGGACACCGCUCAGGACAAGAUGGCUGCUGACCAGAAGAUGACAGUGGCCUCUGUCAUCGAGGUCCAGAUGUUACUGGACAAACACAAAGAGUUCUUUCAGGGUCUGGAAUGCCAUAUGAUCCUCACCCAGACAUUUUACAGUAAAGUGUGUGGUCUGGUGGCACAGAGGGAAAGCCAGGCCCUGGAGGAGACCAUGGCUUUAGCGCACAGUGUGCUCAAACAGGCCCACAGGAGGGGAGUGGAGCUGGAGGGCAUACUGGAGUCAUGGAGCAGGCUUGUGGAAGACUACCAGGCUCUGUGUAGACAGCUGGAGGCUGUGGAGUGUAGCAUCCCUACUGUAGGUCUAGUAGAAGAGACAGAGGAGAGACUUACUGAAAGGAUCAGUCUCUACCAGCGUCUGAAGGCCAGCCUGACAGAGCAUCAGCCCCAGCUGUACCAGGUUCUGGAGGAGGGCAAGAGGCUUCUUCUGUCUGUUGGCUGUUCGGACUUAGAGAAUCAGCUGACCCAACUGGGUGAACACUGGCUCUCUUCCACCACCAAGGUCAACAAGGAGCUGCACCGCCUCGACUCCACGCUCAAACACUGGAGCAGGUACCAGAGUGAGUCAGCAGAAUUGAGCCACUGGUUGCAGUCGGCUCUGGACCGGCUUGAGUUCUGGACCACCCAGUCAGUAACGGUGCCUCAGGAGCUGGAGACGGUUAGAGACCACCUCUAUGCCUUCCUGGAGUUUUCCAAGGAGGUGGAUGCUAAGUCAUCUUUGCGUUCUUCUGUGCUAAGCACUGGAAACCAGCUUCUGCGCUUGAAGAGAGUAGAUACAGCUGGUCUGAGGACGGCGCUGGGCCAAAUCGACACUCAGUGGGCCGAGCUGCUGACCCGUAUUCCUGUAGUACAAGAGAAGCUACACCAGUUGCAGAUGGAGAAACUAGCAUCACGGCACGCCAUCACAGAGCUGAUGAGCUGGAUCUCUCUCAUGGAGAACAUCAUAGACGAAGACCAGGACAAGAUCAUGGGAGCCGUGGGCUCUGAAGUGGUCCAGAACUUCUUGCAGAAGUAUAAGGGUUUCCGGAUUGAUCUGACCUGUAAGCAGCUUACUGUGGACUUUGUGAACCAGUCCGUGCUGCAGAUCAGCAGUCAGGAUGUGGAGGGAAAGCGCAGUGACAAAACGGAUUUUGCUGAGAAGCUGGGAGCUAUGAACAGAAGAUGGCAGAUACUGCAGGGGCUCAUUGCUGAAAAGAUUCAGCUGUUAGAAGGACUUUUGGAAGGUUGGUUAGAGCAUGAAAAUGGAGUCCAGGCCCUGAAAACCUGGCUCACACUACAGGAGGAAAAACUGAAGAAGAGACACAGGAUAGAGGAUGUAGCAUCAGUGCAGAAUGCACUUAAAGACUGUCAGGAGUUGGAAGAAUUAGUGAAGGAAAAAGAGAAGGAUCUAGAGAAAGCAGAGGAACGAGGAAACGCUCUCAUUCAGGAUAAGAAAGGAGCAGCCUGCUCUGUCGUCAAGGAGACCCUCAAAUGGCUGAACCAGUCCUGGGCUCAUUUGGACCACAUGAUAAGUCAGAUGAAGGUCAGCCUGCGGUCAGUGCUGGAGCAGUGGACACUGUAUCGGCGAGCUUCAGAGGAGAUUAAUGGUUAUCUGAUGGAGGGGAGGUACUCUGUGUCCAGGCUGCUCCUCCUUAACGGGUCUUUAGAGGCAGUGCAGCAGCAGGUGGAGAGUCUGGAGAACCUGCAGGAGGAGAUGGAUAAACAGGAGAGCAGUCUGAGGAAAUUUGGCUCCGUCACACACCAGCUACUGACGGAGUGCCACCCAUCUGUGGCUGAAACACUCAACAGAGCACUCCGGGACGUCAACAUCAGGUGGAACCGCCUACUAGAGCAGAUCUCAGAGCAGCUGAGGAGCAGUAAGGCCUUGUUGGGGCUGUGGCAACGCUACAGGACAUCAUAUGGCCAGUGUGUGACAGCAGUUCAGAAACAGCAAGAACAUGCCGAUCGCCUGCUGAAGAGCGCCACCGACAGGGAGAUCACAGAGGAGGAGAGCAUCACCUGGAUAGACGACUGCAAUGCGUGCCUUGGUGACCAGGCCUCAGUGCAGGAUUCCCUCCAGCAGCUGCAGGCUUUAGGGGAACAGCUGAAGAGCCAAGUCGACGCCUCCUCCUCUGCAGCCCUCCAGUCAGACUACCUUUCGCUCACACAUCGUCUAACAACGCUGGAGCACGCCCUUCACAGGCAGCAGGAAGUACUGCAGUCUGGAUCCCAGGCCUGUGACGGUUUCAGAGAGCAGUUGGACAUAUUGAUACGUAAGGCUGAGGAGGCUGAGGAGGUGCUGAAGGAGUCUGACUCUGUCGGCUCACCGGAGCUCCAUGUUGUCCAGACACGUAUGGAAAAACUGAAGAUUCACCUGUUGAAGUUGAGCAGUCUAUCUCCAGAUCUAGAACGGGUUAACGAGUUGGUGUACAGACUACCAGUCAGUGACAGAGAUGUUAAACAGCUGCAAAGUCUCAACAGAGCCUGGGCCGCUCACUGCGCUCACCUCACUGAGAGGUUCAGUAAACUGCAGGCGGUGUUGCUCCAGCAGCAGAGCUUCCUCCAGAAGUGCGAGGCCUGGAUGGACUUCCUGUCUCAGACUGAACAGAAGUUGGCUGCUGAGAUCUCUGGUAACCACCAGAGUCUGCUGGAGCAGCAGAGAGACCACGAGUUGUUCCAGGCAGAGAUGUUUAGCAGGCAACAGAUUCUCUACUCCAUCAUCAGUGACGGCCAUCGUAUGUUGGACCAGGGACAAGUGGAUGACAGAGACGACUUCAGUUUGAAGCUGGCCUUGCUGAGCAAUCAGUGGCAGUGUGUGGUGAGGCGAGCUCAGCAACGAAGAGGCAUUAUUGACAGUCUGGUCCGCCAGUGGCAGAACUACCGGGAGAUGGCAGAGAAGCUGCUGCGAUGGCUCCAGGAGGUGACCCAUGAUUCAGAUGUUCAUCAGCCAGGAGAAGCGGUGGCCCUGCAGCAGGCCCGGAACCUGUUAGAUCAGAUACAGCUGAGAGAGCGAGUGCUCCAGAGGCAGCAGGGAGGCUACAUCCUCACCGUGGAGGCUGGCAGGAGCCUGCUGCUGUCAGCCGACGCCAGGGCCGAGUCCACCCUGCAGACAGAGCUGAUGGAGAUUCAGGAAAGGUGGAGACACGCGCACCACCGCCUGGACCAGCAGAGGAGGGAGCUGCACGGCAUGCUCAAGAACUGGGAACGAUGUGAGAAGGGCAUAGAAGCAUCACUGGAGAAGCUGAGGGCCUUCAAGAGGAAGCUGUCUCUGCCGCUGCCUGACCACCAUGAGGAGCUACAUUCAGAGCAAAUCAGAUGCAAGGAGUUGGAGAGCAGUGUGGAGGGCUGGACUGAUGACCUCACUUCCUUGUUCCUUCUGAGGGACUCCUUGGAGGGCGUGGUCAGUGCAGAUGACAUCACUGUCCUACAGGAACGCCUCCAGCUGCUACAGCGCCAGUGGGAGGAGGUCUGCCACCAGCUUUCCCUUCGCAAGCAGCAGGUGAGCGAGAAGUUGAAUGAGUGGGCCGUGUUCAAUGAGAAGAACAAGGAACUCUGCGAGUGGCUCACACAGAUGGAGAGCAAGGUCUCUCAGAAUGGAGACAUCAGCAUUGAAGAGAUGAUUGAAAAACUGCGCAAGGACUACCAGGAGGAGAUCAGCGUAGCUCAGGAGAACAAGCAGCAGCUGCAGGUGAUGGGUGAGCGCCUGGCCAGGGCCAGCCAAGACAGCAAGGCGGCCGAGAUCCAACACAAACUCAGCAAAGUCAGCGAGCGCUGGCAACACCUGCUGGACCUCAUUGCUGCCAGGGUGAAGAAGUUGAGGGAGACCCUGGUCGCAGUGCAGCAGUUAGAUAAAAACAUGAGCAGCCUGCGGUCCUGGCUGGCUCACAUCGAGACGGAGCUGUCCAGGCCCAUCGUCUACGACACCUGUGACGACCAGGAGAUUCAGCGGAAGCUCAACCAGCAGCAGGAGCUGCAGAGGGACAUAGAGAAACACAGCACAGGCGUGGCGUCCGUGUUGAACCUGUGUGAAGUCCUGCUGCAUGACUGUGAUGCCUGCUCCACGGAGACAGAGUGUGACUCCAUCCAGCAGGCCACCAGAGGGCUGGACAGACGCUGGAGGAACAUCUGUGCCAUGUCCAUGGAGAGGAGGCUCAAGAUCGAGGAGACGUGGAGGUUGUGGCAGAAGUUUCUGGAUGAUUACUCCAGGUUUGAGGACUGGCUGAAGACCUCAGAAAGGACAGCAGCUCUGCCGAACUCCUCUGGAGUUCUUUACACCGUCGCUAAAGAGGAGCUGAAGAAGUUUGAGGCCUUUCAGCGUCAGGUGCAGGAGUGUCUGACCCAGCUGGAGCUCAUCAACAAACAGUACCGCCGCCUGGCCCGCGAGAACCGCACUGACUCCUCCUGCCGUCUCAGAGAAAUGGUGCAUGAUGGGAACAAGCGGUGGGAUAACCUGCAGAAGAGGGUGGCUGCCAUCCUACGCAGACUCAGGCACUUCAUCAGUCAGAGAGAGGAGUUUGAGUCGGCACGAGACAGCAUCCUGGUGUGGCUGACGGAGAUGGACCUCCAGCUCACCAACAUAGAGCACUUCUCUGAGUGUGACGUACAGGCCAAGAUAAAACAGCUCAAGGCGUUCCAGCAGGAGAUCUACCUGAACACGGGGAAGAUUGAGCUGGUGUUCAGGCAGGGUGAAGCUCUGAUCGAGAAGAGCGAACCUCUGGAUGCAGCCGUCAUCGAGGAGGAGCUGGAGGAGCUGCAGAGAUACUGCCAGGAGGUCUUCGGACGAGUUGAGAGAUACUACAAGAAACUCACGCGUCUGCCUUUGGCUGACGAUGAGCUCGAUGGCUCAGACAGAGAGCUGGACGUGGAGGAAGGAGGCGACCUCUCUGAGCUGCAGUGGGGCGACUCCUCUUUGCCCCGGACAUCCAGCCGUCAAGCCUCGGGUACGGCCACCCUCAUCCGGGCCGACCGCUCGGGACGGGACACUCCGGCCAGCGUGGACUCCAUCCCGUUGGAGUGGGACCAUGACUACGACCUGAGCAGAGGUCUGGAGAGCCCUGGAGGACGAGGCCAUGGGGAAAGGAGCAGAGGGCAAGAGGAGGAGGAUGAGUAUCUGAGGACGGCUGCCACAGUGCUGUCAGGUGAGCCAGGCCAGCUGGAGGCCAGUCUGAGACAGCUGGAUCAGGCUCUGGACGCAGGACGAUAUCACCUCCAGCAGAGAGAGGCCAGUGCCAACCGCUCCAGCCCCGACAUCGACUCCUCAUACAUGGGCUAUAUGCGUCUGAUGGGAGAGUGUCGAGGCAGUAUAGACGCCGUGAAGAAAACAGAGGGAGAGCUGACUGAAGAUGACGAUGACAUGCCGGGGCUCACCAACCCCACCAGCACAGACACUCAGAGUGCAGGUGUGAUUGAGCGCUGGGAGCUGAUCCAGGCUCAGUCCCUGAGCGAGAAACACCGACACAAACAGAAUCUGCAGCAGUGGCAGCAGCUGAUCACAGAUCUGCAGACCAUGAGGGCCUGGCUGGGUCAGUCUGAGGCUGAACUCAGCCAGCUGCGAGGGCUCGAUCUCAGCACCGAUAUACACACCAUCCAGCAGAGAAUCAAGAAGCUCAAGGAGCUGCAGAAGGGGAUGGACGCCCACAAGUCAGAGGUUCUGUCCAUCAACCUGAGCAGCGCAGACUUCCUCCAAUCAGAUCCCGACUCUGAGGAGGCCUGGGAGUUGAGAGACGGGCUGAAAGAGAUGAACUCGCGCUGGGAUCGGCUCGGUACCUCGCUGGAGGACUGGAGGGAGGAGCUGCAGAGGGCGCUGAUGCAGUGCCAGGAGUUUCAUGAGAUGAGCCACGGUCUGCUGCUGUGGUUGGAGAACAUCGACCGCAGGAGGAACGAGGUGGUGCCCAUCCCUCCCAAAGUGGAUCGUGAAACAUUACGAGCUCAUCACAAAACACUGACGCAAAUCAAGCGUGAGCUGCUGGACUCGCAGCAGAAGGUGUCGUCCCUUCAGGAGCUCUCGGCUCAGCUACUGAUCCAGGUUCAGGGCAGCGAGUGUCUGGAGGCCCAGGAGAAGGUGCACGUGAUCUGGAACAGGCUGAGGCUGCUCCUGAGGGAGGUCAGCUCAGACCUGGAGGGGCUGGAGAGGAGGCUGGAGACCGUGGACACACAGCAGGAUUGCUUGCCGUUGCCUCUUGGCAUAACAGAAAUCUGUGAAUCAGCUGCUCCUGUGUCAGAGGUGACCCUCGAGAGUCGCAAACGAUUGCCCCGAGGCAAAAGUAGUCAGGCCCACCCAGGACACCCUGAAAGCGGCCCGCGCCACAGCCGGAGCAGAUCACCAGGCGCCGCUGGCUGCGUUUCCUCCCGUUCUGACCUUCCGGACGGCAUCUCGUCGACCUCCUCCUCCUCCUCCGCGAAGGGCCAGUCCUUCCUGCUGCGGGUCCUCAGGGCUGCGCUCCCCGUCCAACUGCUCCUCCUGCUCCUCAUUGGUCUGGCAUGUCUAGUGCCCAUGACCGAGGAGGACUACAGUUGCCACCAUGCCAACAACUUUGCCCGCUCCUUCCAUCCAAUGCUGCGCUACACCAAUGGACCUCCGCCCAUAUGAGGAGCAGCUGAAUAUCUACCUACUGCUUUGCCAAGGACUCCACUGACUCCUGUGAAUGUUUCCUCUUCACCCCGUGCCCUAAAGCUACAAACUCUUCCCCUGCUGGGGAGCCACAUGCAUUAUGAAGUGAUUCAGAGGUGAUAUGAAGACUUCUCUCACUAACAUUGCACACCCACUCUCCUGAAAUCACCUCAACCCUUUAAAACUCUAACUCUCCAGACUAAAUGGACCUUCAUCUGGAGACCACCCUCCCCCAAUCCAAAUGUUUCAUUGUUUUAACUUAAAUGUGUAUAUUAUUUUUUAAGGUUUCUGAAGAAACCUGUGAAAUCAAUGAAAAACAAAGCACUAUUUAUAUACUCUAUGUUGGGAGCCAAAGUCGACCGUGCUUUUUGUCCAUGAUAUCCAGUGCUGCUACUAUUUAUUUAGUGUUCAAUCAGUUCAUAGAUUGUUAGUAUUGAUGAAGCUAAAGCACCACCAGUGUGGGAUAUUGUACCGGUAAGUUGUAGAGUAGACUAGAGUAGCAAUCAUUCACAGUCUUAGAAGUGAAGAGUUUCUCUCUGAAAGCACAGCAACAAAACUCAACAGGAAGAUGUAGCUUAGUGUUUUUUGCUUUACACAUUUCAAAAGAACCUGCUUAAAUUUUGAAAUGAAGUCUUCAUAUGACGUUAAAGCUAAAAUCUAAACGUAUAGCACUGACAUAAGCACUGUCGAAGGUACUGCACUGAAGCCGUCCAGCCAAGAUGGCCGACUUCUUUCCCCAAAAGCCAAGGCUUGUAUUCCUGUCUUUAAUUUAAGUAUUUAAUCAACUGGAGCCAAUAGAGAAAGACAUGAGCUCUCUUGUUUUAAAAAAAAAAAAAAAAAAUGAAACUGAUUUGUAUAUUAUAGUUGAAAUGCCUUUGAAUACAGGCAGAUAUUUUUUUAUCUUUCUGUUUGAGCAUGCACUUGAAACUCCCCUGCUUUUAAGAAAGCCAAACAAUCACUGGUAGUGUUUUAGUAGACGGCUGUGACAUUAAAUAAAUAGUGUGCUUUGUAAUAACUGCGCUAAUUACUCUGCAGUGAUGAGACAUCAGAAUCACUGCGUUGUUGAAACAGAAUCUGUAAAAAAUGAUGAAAUAUGAAAAUGGUUAUUUAUGUAUGUACAGUUUGCUAAUGCCGACUUCAUGAAGAAUACUCUCUUUGCAAAUAAUAAAACAUGAAAUAUUGA